AUGAAAAGUGGUAUUUCCAAGAAACACAUGCAGGCAUUCUGGGAAACACUGUCUUAUACGGAGAUAAACGACCUGUAUAAAGCUCUUUUACCGACAAACAGUGGCGUCCGUGUUACCUAGUCCCUGUACGGCGUCUUUCCAGGCCCUCUCGGUCAAUGCAUUUCGGUGACGUAUCCGAGACGAACGGCCGGGAGACGCCUCAAAAACUUUCUCGGACCACGUGACCCGAAACGCAUCGGCCGCGCAUAAUAAUGAGGCCUAGGGACUAGGCAAGCGUCCUUGGUCUCCUUGAAGCUAACGAGGAUUUACGCCCACAAGAAGACGCAAUCUUUUACUACUUUAGAGAUUUUAUUCGAGGCCUUAGAGAAAAUGAGCUGUCAUUGUUUUUGCGAUUCGUAACCGGCCAAGACAUCUUUCCACAACAGCCAAUUCGUUUAAUGUUUAACAGGUUGGAGGGAAUUUUCAGGCGACCGAUAGCUCCUACCUGCAGUAAUCUCCUGGAACUGUCUCUCUGUUAUGAAACUAUCCAGCAGUUUUCACGAGAAUUCAAGGCUAUCCUGUGCGACCCGGCAAGUUACGUUAUGGACUCUGCUUAA